GAAAAAUAAUUAAAAUCAAUAUUUUUCAAAAAAAAAAAUUUAAAAAGGAAAUAAAAAUGGCAUACGCUGGACUGUCACAACAUAUCGACUUUGAUCGAUUGCCUUCUCCAGACGGCAGAUUUACCUUAAGUCAUCUUAUCGGCGAAGGCACUUACGGAGAAGUUUAUAGUGCGAAAGAUAACAAAAGCGGAGCAAGUGUCGCUAUUAAGAUUUUAGAGAGUAUUCAAGACAAUUUGGAAGAAAUUGAAGAAGAGUAUUUGGUCUUCAGAGAUUUAUCGAAACACCCAAAUUUGCCGACUUUUGUGGGAAUUUUUCUGAAACAUGGAACAACGCCUGAAGAUGAUCAAUUGUGGUUCGUCAUGGAGUUGUGCACAGGAGGAUCCGUAACUGAUCUCGUUCAUGGCUUAAAAUUAAAAGGAAAACGCUUGACAGACGAACAAAUUGCUUAUAUUUUGCGAGAAACGGCACGAGCUUUAGUAUUUUUACACGGAAAUCAUUGUAUGCAUCGAGAUAUCAAAGGUCAUAAUAUACUUUUAACGGAACAAGGCGACGUAAAACUCGUUGAUUUUGGCGUUUCUUCACAUUUAGCAGCAACAAUGGCGCGUCGAAAUACAUCUGUAGGCACCCCAUAUUGGAUGUCACCCGAAGUUAUUGCUUGCGAACAACAACUUGAUCAGUCAUACGACUCACGAUGCGAUGUUUGGUCUCUCGGAAUAACAGCAAUCGAACUUGCCGAAGGAGAUCCGCCGCUGAAUGAUUUGCAUCCGAUGCGUGCCUUAUUUCAAAUUCCGCGAAAUCCUCCGCCAGCAUUACAACAUCCCGAACAACACACACAUUUACUGAGUGAUUUCAUUUCCGAGUGUCUCAUUAAAGACCUCGAACAACGUCCCUUUUCGAAAGAGCUUAUCAAACAUCCGUUGCUGCAGAAUGUCGCUUCGUACGAAAGUCACGUGAAAAAAGAGUUGCGAAUGGAAAUUCAACGUCAACGUGAAGAAGGACGCGAUCCAAGACAACCAGAAGCAACAACGCGAUUCGGAAAUUUGAAAUCAGAUCGAAAGUCAAAACCCGAGAAAAUGUAUAUGGAUGAUUUGGCGGGUUUGGAAACUCUUACGGAAGAUUCCAUUGUUGAUCAAUUAAAGAAACGAUAUGAUCAGAAGCAAAUUUACACGUACAUUGGCGAUAUUCUUGUCGCUGUCAAUCCCUUUGAAGAGCUGAAAAUUUAUUCGGGGGUUACACAGAAAAAAUACAAUGGACAAGCGCGUUCUGAUAACCCUCCGCAUAUUUUUGCCGUUGCUGAUGCGGCUCAUCAAGCGCUUGUACACGAAAAACAGAAUCAAGCCAUCGUCAUUUCAGGCGAAAGCGGAAGCGGAAAAACAGAAAGUGCGAAUUUCUUGUUGAAACAACUCGUGUUACUUGGAAAGGCUUCAAAUCGAAAUUUGGAAGAACGUAUAUUGCAAGUUAACCCUAUAAUGGAGGCAUUUGGUAAUGCAAGAACAGGCAUCAACUCUAAUUCUUCCCGUUUCGGCAAAUAUUUGGAAUUGACGAUGACUCGAACGGGUAAAGUGACGGGAGCAAGAAUUUCUGUUUAUCUCUUGGAACAAAGUCGAGUCGUUAAACAAGCAGGCGAUGAGGGAAAUUUUCAUGUAUUCUAUUACCUCUAUGAUGGUCUUGAACACGAACGAAAUUUGGGAAAUUAUCAUCUUGAUGCUGCUUUCCGUAAACAACACAAAUAUCUGACACCAACGACAAAUUCUCCCGAAUUCAAUGUUGACAAAUGGAAACAAUUACAGGCGAGUUUCAAAGUUCUCGGCUUCAAAAAUGAGGAAAUCGAUGGCGUAAAUCGUGUUUUGGCUGCUGUUCUGAAUUUGGGAGAUCUCGAAUUUGGCGAAGUUGUUACGCAUGAUAAUACAGAUAACAAAGCGCGCGUAAUUGAUGUCGCUCCAAUGCAUCGCGUUUCGAAAUUGUUGGGAGUUGAACCGUCAGAGCUGCUGGAAGCGUUAACAUCAAAUUCUGUCGUUACAAAGGGAGAAAUUAUUACACGAAACAAUACGGUAGCUGAGGCUGGAGUUGCUCGAGAUGCAAUGGCGAAAGGAUUGUACGGGAGAUUGUUCGAUUGGAUGGUUAACCAGAUAAAUUUGCUGUUAGUUUUUAAUCGUCCAAACAACCCGGAACAACUUUCAGUAGGAUUAUUGGAUAUUUUUGGAUUUGAAAAUUUUCCAACAAAUUCAUUCGAACAACUUUGUAUUAAUAUUGCGAAUGAACAGAUUCAAUAUUACUUUAAUCAACAUAUUUUUACGUGGGAACAACAAGAAUACAUGGCGGAAGGAAUUCCCGUGGAUUUGGUCGAAUUUGCGGAUAAUCGUCCUGUUUUAGAUAUGCUUCUCACACGUCCCUUGGGACUUUUAGCUCUUCUUGACGAGGAAAGUCGUUUUCCACGCGCAACCGAAAAAUCGAUGAUUGAAAAGUUUCAUGGCAACAUCAAAUCCAAAUUCUAUCAGAGACCAAAAUCUGAUGCCCUUUGCUUUGCCGUUCAUCAUUUCGCCGGAAGAGUUGUGUAUCAAGCGGAUGGUUUUUUGGAGAAAAAUCGAAAUUACCUCCCAAUGGAAGUAAUUCAACUGUUACGUCAAAGCCAAUACGACAUGAUUCGUUUUCUGUUCCAAUGUCCCAUCACAAAAACGGGAAAUUUGUAUUCAGCAUUCCAAGAUUCGUCAUCUGCGGUAGGAUCAAAAUCGAAUAUUAUGGUUGACACGAAAGAAAAAUUCAAUUCACGUGGCUUGGCGUCGCAAUCACGGGCUCAGCAAACAGUCGCAACGUAUUUCCGUUACUCGUUGAUGGAUUUAUUGCAGAAAAUGGUAGCUGGAACGCCGCAAUUUGUACGAUGCAUCAAACCGAAUGAUGUGAAAACUCCCAAAUCGUUUGACGCAACGAAAGUUAUUAAGCAGCUGCGAUACACGGGAGUCUUGGAAACCAUCCGAAUACGUCAACAUGGGUUUAGUCAUCGAUUUACGUUUGCGGAGUUCUUGAAACGAUAUUGUUUCUUGGCUUUUGGAUUCGAGGAACGAGUUGUUGCAAAUCGGGAGUCAUGUCGUUUGUUACUCGUUCGUCUCAAAAUGGAUGGAUGGGCAUUAGGAAAGUCGAAAGUUUUCCUAAAAUAUUAUCAUGUAGAGUAUUUGGCAAAGUUAUAUGAAGAACAAGUUCGAAAAAUUACACUUGUUCAAGCGUUCGUUCGUCGAUGGUUGGCUAAAAUUCAUGUAAGGAAGUUGCGCAGGGAAAGACAAGCAAGUGUCGUAACGUUACAAAAACAUGUUAGAGGCUGGUUGACACGUCGUCGAAUGCAAAUCUUACAAGAGAGACGAGAAAUGGAACGAAAACAAAAAUCGGAACAAGCGAAGAAUGCACCAUCAAAAGUUCAACAAGUUGUUAGUAGAGCAAAACUCCUUCAAAAUAUCUCAUCUCAGGAAAAUUUCAAUGACAUGUCACGCAAUAACGAUAAAGACAAUCAAAAAGAAAAGGCUGCAGUAUUGAUUCAAAGUUAUUUCCGUGGAUACACAAUUCGAAAGAAAAAAUGGUCUCCUGAGCAAGAAGCGAAAGUAAAGAUAAUUUUAAACACCGCACGAAAUCGCGUUGAGGCUCAAAAACUUAUGCAAAAGGAAGGAUUUACAUCUGACGAAGCUGCUCGUUUUGCACAUCGCUAUUAUAGAACCUUUCGAGCACGAGGAGGCAAUUCGCGAGACAGUCAAGCAUCCCCAAAUGGAAAAAAGAGUCCUUUUGGAUCUCCCGCAAAGAAAGGCAUGACACCGAAAGAGCAACAGGAACAAUUGAUGGCAUUGUCGCAAAAUGUUCAUUUGCUGAAUCAAGAUGUGCAUAAAAUUUUGCGAAAAAAUAAAUCUGGAAUCCCGUUAAAUUUGCUGAACAAACUUCCGUCAGAUUACAAAAGACCUCCGGGAUUCGUGUUAGUGCCUGGAUUGCUCGGAUCAAUUCCCGGCGGAGAAAAUGAGGCGCGAUCUUCAAAAACGAACGUGGGAAAAGGCGAUAAAAAUGGAAAUUUGACAGAAAAUGCAAAUGGAGGAUAUAUUAGUCAAGAAGAUUUCGACGAUACUGAAAGCUCUCCUUGGGACUAUCCCCUUUAUAAAGUUGAGCAACUUCAGAAAUCAAAAAGAUUCAAAUAUAAGGAAAAGGAACAAGGCCCUGUAAUAAACAAAGGAUACGUUUUAAGCAGUAGUUCAAGUAACAGCAACAAUAACAACGAACGACAACGAUCUUCAGCAGAAAGAAGUAAUCCAAGUUGGCAUUCUGCCUUUUCCAACGACGCGAAUCCACCGAUUCAGGGAAUGAUCAGUUUUGCCUCGAAGGAUUAUGGCGUUCGUCCCGCUCCCAUUCCAGCAUUCAACUACCUCAAUCCAAAUAGAACACAAGCACUUCGUAUCUCACCGCCGCAACAAAUUGUCUCUCACAUAAACAAUAAAUCAGAUUCGCUGCUCGACUAUCAAAACAUCCAACAGCAAUGUGACACGAAAUUAUUGAAGGAAUUACACUUUAAACAGAGCGCGUUGUCAUCUUCGUCGUCGUCCUCGUCAUCGUCAUCUAGUUCAAACAAGAAUCCAACAACAACAACAACAGUACAAAUUCACAAUAAUGAUAGGAACAGUGACGGCAGUAAUAGAAGUAGUAAUAACCAUAAAGGGAAUUGCGAAACAAAUUUAAACAAACACAACAACUUUGGUGCCGUCGAAAAGACACAGAAGACAAAAAAUAUUGUCGAAAAGGAGAACAAUCAUAUAUUCAACAAGAAGAUGAAAAAAGUCAUUCCCCAGCAGCGCAAUCAAGUACCCAAGAAUGAGUAUUACAACGUCAUUGACGGCGAAAUGCGAACGAAAAGUCCCCUUUUGCGUCGUUUUGGCGACAGCAUCGAUCCGCAACAGAAACGACGAUCUCCCCAAAAGCAAAACAAAACUCCAUCAAAUCGAAGUUCUACCAAUUUCAGUCUUUCGAAAUUUUUGAACAUGGAAGUCAAGAGCCCGCAACGCAUCAGCAAGAAACCCCAUUCCGCAAGCAGCUCAAGUACGAACACAAAUUCGAGUUCAAUGAAUUCUUUCAAUUCAUUCGACUCCGUUGAACAAGCGAUUAUUUUGGGAGCUAAGGGAGAAACUGAUAACUCGUAUCUCGGUCCAUUCAAUUUCCGUCAAUUGCUGAGACCAACACAAGGUCCAACGGAGUCUUUGAGAAAGCGGAAAGGAAAUGUUAACCCUCCGACGCCUCCUCCUGCGCAAAAAGGAAAAAAUACCUAAUUUACUUUAUCAUGAAAAUUAUUAAUUACCUGAGGCCACUCCAAUUUUUUUUUUUUCAUGUUUUUGUCCCAAAACAUUUUUUUUUAAAUGAGUCAAAAAAAUUUAAAAAAAAUAAUUGAAAUACUUUUUCAUACGA